UUAAAAUAAAUGGGUAAAUAUAAUAUAUUAGCUAAAAUUCUAAACUAUUAAGCAUCACGAAAUUAUAACCACAAUUAUUAAAAUACAAAUUUUUAGUGACAAUUAUUGUAGCAAAUCAAAAUAUGAUUAACAAUAUGUUAGUGUCAUUAGUUUUGUAACGGAGACUUCCACGUCAACGGCCACAUCACUUUCCAUAUGACUUUUGAUUAAUAAUUUUAAAAUAAAAAAAAACAAAACCUAAAUUGGAGGGUCGUCGUUCUUCUUCCAUGCUUUCCCCUCAUCUUCUUCUCCCCUUCCUCUUCUUCCUCUGCAAAGCCACGAAAGGGGAAAAAAUCCUUCAUCGUUCUCAACUCGAACCAUGAAGACCCUCCUUAGCCACUAGAGACCUCUUCUUCCAAUCUCUUCUUCUGAUUCCUCCACCGCCGCCAAGUCCCAACAUGGACCGAGACCAGCUGCGUAUCAAUCUGCACCCAAGCUCUCACCCUCAAGCUCCGAAUCCAUAUCGACUUUCCAUAUCCACAUCUUCAAGCUCUGACCCUCUCUGGAUCCUCCCCUUUUCGCAGCCCCAGCAACCAUGGUUGAACUUGAACCUCGCGGUCCCUGCUCUCACUGAAUCUCGCCAAUGAUGGUGAUUGAAGCGGGAGAAGAGAGAAAUAGUCGCUGCUUCUUCUCAAUUAUGCAUCGCAAGCCAUCCCCAGAAGCCGAUUGCAACGGUUUGAUAUUCAUUGGAGGAGAAGACUCAAAAGCCUCAACCCAGUGGACUCGCUUGAUUCGAAAGAUGAUUUGGGGAUCUGGGUUCUUCCUUCCCCUGUUCGCGUCAGUAACGGACGCAACUAUCGCCGACAUUGCAUCCCUCGAAACCUAUGCGCGGCGGAUAGAGGCAGUGAUCAUCACUCAAAAGGGCGGGGAGUGUCUAUCACGGUGUCCAGUCUGUUGGGCCCCUUUGGAGACGCUAGAGCAUCUUUUCCUCGAGUGUAGGGUGGCAGUGGCGCUCUGGGAGGGUCCAGGGCUGGGAAUUACUCAGCAGAACAGGUUUGUGUGCUUGUUGUGGCGGAUUUGGAAGUCGAGGAACUGGGCAUUGUUUGAUCAUGUUCAGUACGAGGGUACGGUGGUCCUGCGACAAUAUAAUGAGCAGGUACGAGAAUGGUUGUCUAGUAGUAUGAAUGGGGGCCGAGGUGAUGGGAUAGCUGGGGGCGACGCCAAGGGAUGGGGGGGUGCAUUCGGGGAUGCGGUGUUUUGUGGAUGGGGUUGUAGCAAGGGGAUCUUAUGCAUCAGGAGGUUUCGUGGUGGUGGAUGCUGGUGGAAAUGUGAUGUUCAUGAAAGGAUUUCAUUAUAUGGGCUUACAAGAUCCAUGGUUGGUUGAAUUGGUGGCGUUUCGUGAUGCUAUUCUGUGGUGCUCUUUGAGGGGGCCUCACUGAAGUAACGUUCUUGGGGGAUGCGGAGGAUGUCCUCAAUAAGAUUCAGCGACGAGAUUCUUGUCAUAUGCUCGGGGGAAGGAUUUUGGAGGAGAUAGAGCAUCAGCGAUAGUUGUACCAGUCGUUCAACAUUGGCUUCAUUGGUAGGGAGAACAUUGGUAGGGAGAACAAUCGGGUGACCAUAUGGUGGCUAAAAAUACCCUUUCUUUUUGUCCUGCAAAUGUUGCUUUUUAUUUUAUUUUAGACAAUGGUUUCUUUUGGGUGGUUUUUGAGUUGUUGUAUGUUUUCUAUGAUUUCUUGGUAAUGCAAGUGAGGGGGAAAAAAUAUCAUCACUCAAAAGAUCACAUACAUCAAAUAUCAUCACUCAAAAGAUCACAUACAUCAUUUUCCGCCAAAACUCCAAUCUCUCUCUUUCCCUUACAAAGCAUAGACACAAGUCAAUAACCUUUUAUAUAAUAAAAGGAUUAAACUAGG